GUCAGCAAUCACAUUAACCUUCUGACUGUCAAUAAAUAAGAUGACACUAAUAGAGAUAAAGCUCAUUAGAGUUCUUCUAAUUUGCUUUCUGGCUGGCUUCAGCACUGCACAAUAUUCAGUGAGUGUGGAGAGACCAUGUCCAAUGGAAACAGUCACUUUCACUUGCACUGCUCCUGGAGAUUCUUUGAGAGGGGAACUGUCAGAUGAUCCUCGCAUCACUGUCCGUACUACUACCUCUCCUCUCAAUGUACCCAUGGUUCUAACAGAUUACACGUGGACACUGAUCGCAUUUGAUAACAAUACAUUAACAUCUACUCUGACAAGAACAGCAAAGAUUGAGAAUGAGAUCACUGUGUCCUGUGGGGUUACAAUGCCUCCUCUAACCACUAUAGGAUCUUCAACAAUUCAAUUGAUUGAUCCACCAGGAUCACCUUCUACCAUAAGACACUCCAUUGCAAGUAGCUUAGCCUAUGAAGUUAAUGUGACUGUUGGUUGGGACCCUCCUACUGAGACUGGUGGUAGAGAUGACCUCACCUACACAGUGACCGUCUCACCUCCAGCCCAGCUCUCUGCUAAUGUUCUCACAUCCGCCUCUGUCACUGUGACUGCUCAAUACAAUGUGGACUACACUGUCAGUGUUGUGGCUAUCAAUUGUGCUGGGAACAGUACGACUACUGAGUACAACUUUAGGAUUGGUAACUGUCCUGUGUUGACCGACCCCAUGAAUGGAGCCUUUGGACCAGUCUCCAGCAGAUUACCAGGAUCCACAGUAAACAUCCAGUGUGAUGCUGGGUAUGUAUCUGCUGUUACGACGGUAACAUGUGAGGAUACACUGAUGUGGAGUCCAGACCCUGAGGCUAUUGAGUGUACAUCACUAACCACACCUACUCCCACAACUCCCCCUCCAAUGAACUGCACAGCUCCACUACUCUCACCACGAAAUAGCACCAUCAGUGAUCAUUCAGUAUCAUCUAUUCCCGGUACACAAGUGACCUUCCAGUGUGAUGAUGAACUGUUCCCUGAGGGGAUAAUGACUGUUACCUGUCUAGCUACAGGAAAGUGGGACAAAAAUCCAGAGGAGAUCGUCUGCAGAGGCAAUUUUAAGUGUAUUCAGUAAUGUUUUUUCACACUUCUCUCUUGAACCACCUACAGCUGCUCCUUGUAAUUGUGCCAGCCUAUCUGAUGGGAGUCGAUUUGAUGAAGCUGUCUCCAUCAGUGUGGUUGUCACGGCAGUUCUAUUCAUAAUCAUUGGAUUGUUGAUGGGACUCUUGAUCAUGUUUUUGCUCAUGCGUAAGAAGGCAGUGUACUCCCCAGCAGCUAAAGAGCAAGCUAACGUAGGACCCACUGUACCAGCUUGUCCUGUUUAUGAAGAAGUGUCACGCAAAGAGGAGAUGGAACUGAACACUAACCAAGCGUAUGGACCAUUAGGACUGUAAAACUUCUGGUAAUUUUCAUCAACAGCUAAUGUAGACGUACUGUAAAAAAUUAAUAUAGCACUACAA